UAAAAAUUCUUACGUUUUGUCUCGUUACUUAUUACGACUUAUACAAAUACAACAUGUCACAGUUGUCGCUCACAUGCUGACGAGUUUUUGUGCAGACAAAGUUACGGAUUUUCUUCGAAUUGCUAUAUUUUGCAAGAAUGCCAUUGACAAUUUCAAUCUUUCUACCGCCAUUGGCUUCCAGGUGGUUGAAGUUGUCAGCUUGGAAAUUCCUUUAAAGAAAUCCGAUCUUUUGAACUUAGUUGGCCGAUUCGACGACUUGGCCACCCUCUCUUACAUUUGCACACCUUCUACCCGCGAUAUCAGUCAUCUGCGUAUCGAAACUUCCCAGUAUUCAUAUGUUUGUGACGGUUUGGAUCAGUCAAAAACCAAGAAACACUUUAGAAGCCCAUCAAGGAAAUUGCGGUUGAUGGUGGCAGCAACAUUGAAGUGCUAGACCGUUAUUCAUGGUUGAAAGCCAGGGCCGUUAUCAACAGGUUCAAAAGCAGAAGUGGUUGCGUCCAUCGCUCACGGGCCAAAUAGGUUAUCAUCAUCAUCAUCAUCAUCAACUCUUUCGUCUCCUUUUAUUUUAUAUCUGUUUUAUAUCUGUAUCUUAUUUUUAUCAAUUAUACCUUCUAUUCAUCUGUAUGUAAAUAAAUCUCACUUUGUAUGUCUUUGCAUUAUCA